AUGCACCUCUUCAAUUUACCCGCAGUCUGCCUGGUAGCCUUCUUAGCCCAAACCUGCCUCUGCCUCACGGGCAACUUCACCAUUCUUGAAAACUACAAUCACGACGUUUUGACUAUCAGCCCGCUUGAUGGACUCCUUGAAAUUAAGCCAAAUGCAACCGAUAUAUGGCUUAUUGAGCCCAUUCCCCCAGACCGCGGAUCCCACAUUAUACGGCACCGCAAGACCAAUCAGUUUAUUUAUUUCCGUCGAACAGAGGAUGGCACAACAGCAACGCUUAGCAAAGAUGCAGCGACUGUCGUCACUGUAGCAGCGAAUAUUCCAUACCAUUGUCUACUUUUCGGUAUCAGACUCAGAUCAUCAAGCGGAUCUCCAUACUACUGUACUAUGGAAGCGAAUAGCAACACCGAUGCACGGCGAGUUCUGAGACUUUACCAGAAGAGGCCGGCCCUGGAUUUUGCAUUACUCCCAAAGGCAUUUGGAAGAAAGUAG